ACUGUUUUGUCGUUCGCAGUCGCCCCCCUUCCCCCAUUUUUCUAUCCACCCAAAAUCAAAGAGCAGGGAGAGAGGCGCAGGCUUGGUGGGUGGAUGGAUGGAGAUGGUUGCUUCUCCAUCCCCGUCUUCACCCUCAGCCUUCCCCUGAAAUUCCAUGGCUCCUUCUCGUUUCAUUGAAUUAACGAUGAUGCCCGCUACGAUGACGAAGCAUCUCUCUCUCCUCUCUCCUCCCCCUCCCCCUCCCCCUCCCCCUCCUCCUCUCCAUUCGUUUCCUCCUCUCUCCUCUCUCCUGCUCCCUUCCCCUUUGCCUUUAUUCCCUCGUCCUCCUUCCCUUCGCUCUGCCGCCACUAUUACUCGCCCACCCGACAAACAUCUUCAGGUUGCUUUCAUGUCCGCUUUUAACGCCCCCCCGCCACAUGGGUUUUCCCCAUCCUCCUGCUCUUGCUUUCGCGCCGACAGAGAACGCCCAUCGGAUUUCGCUGCUGAAGACGGCGACGGAGAUGAAGACGACGAUGAAGAGGAAGGAGACUUGGCUUUCCAUGUCAGGGACGGCAGCACCAGCGCGGCUCCCUCUGCCCUGCCCGACAGAUGGGAUGUCCUGGGCCUUGGCCAAGCCAUGGUGGAUUUUUCGGGAAUGGUGGAUGAUGAUUUCUUAGAGAGAUUAGGAUUGGUAAAGGGUACCCGAAAGCUGGUGAACCACGAGGAGCGAGGCGGAGUGUUGCGCGCCAUGGAUGGCUGCACUUACAAAGCCGCCGCCGGUGGCUCUCUCUCCAAUAGUUUGGUCGCACUCUCGAGGCUCGGCACUCGGCCCAUUGGAGGUCCUCCCUUGAGCAUUGCUAUGGCCGGUAGUGUGGGGGGUGACCCUUUGGGUGGAUUUUACAGGGCAAAAUUGCGUCGCGCAAAUGUUAACUUUCUAUCUGCACCUGUAAAUGAUGGGACAACAGGGACAGUGAUCGUUCUCACAACUCCCGAUGCUCAGCGGACUAUGCUUGCAUAUCAAGGCAUGUCGUCCUCUGUUAACUAUGAUUCAUCCCUGGCUGGCAUGGUUUCCAAAACAAAUGUCCUCAUUGUUGAAGGUUAUUUAUUUGAAUUUCCUGAUACCAUCAAAACCAUAGUAAAAGCAUGUGAAGAAGCACGCAGGAGUGGUGCUUUAGUUGCGAUAACUGCCUCUGAUGUAUCAUGCAUCGAGAAUCACUACGAUGAUUUCUGGGAAGUUGUUGGAGAGUAUGCAGAUAUCGUGUUUGCAAAUAGUGAAGAAGCUCGAGCUUUUUGUCACUUUUCCUCAAAGGAAAGUCCUGUCUCAGCUACGCGGUACCUGAGCCAUUUUGUCCGACUAGUCUCGGUUACAGACGGCCCCCGGGGCUCUUAUUUCGGUGUGAAGGGAGAAGCUAUCUAUAUCCCUCCUUCACCGUGCAUCCCGGUGGAUACUUGUGGAGCUGGGGACGCAUACGCCUCGGGCGUCUUGUAUGGGAUUUUGCGGGGUGCAUGUGAUCUGAAAGGUAUUGGCGCCUUAGCUGCUAGGGUUGCAUCGACAGUCAUCGGGCAACAGGGCACCCGGCUUAGGGUCCAAGAUGCUGCUGAGUUGGCGGAUUCUUUUGCGUUUAAUGUCGAGAAUUCUGGGAUCCUGUCGGAUGUUGGUUCUGAUCAUGUUUCUAGCUUGUAACCUGGUGCCUGAGUCCCAUUUUCUUGAUCAUCUUUCCCAAUGUCAAUGGGAUCUGUCAUUGUCGAUAGCAAUGUAUUCACGUGGAUUAGGACAUUCUUUUGAUAUAUAUAUAAGUGUAGAUUUUGUU